CCCCUUCUCUUAUUUUAUAGAUACUGUUUCUCAGCUCAAAUCCUUAGUGAAUUUCUGUUACCUGAAGUCUGGACUCCUUAGAGUAGUAUAUAGUACAGUCCUCAUGAUGUGCUUUAUUUCUAUCAUCCUGCCCCAUGUCUCACAGCUACCUAGCAUUUCACCUUGUGAUCCAGCAAUACUGGGAAACUUGAGGUUCCCUGAAUGUGUUUUGCCACUUCUUGUUUUUCUCCAUUUACAUAUGUUGAUACUUCAGCGCUGAAUACUUCCCUCCCUUUCCAAUUCUCCCCUCCUAUGCUUAAGAUUUCCCAUCUUUGAAGACUACUGUGACUUCUUCUCUAGCCCCUACCCAUAGUGAAAAUUAUCUUCUCUGUGUUACCAUUUUACUUCUGUCAGAUUGAUCACAUAAUAAUGUGACGUGAGUUUUACUGUUGUCUCUCUGACCUCCUGCUCUAGCUCCUUGAGAGGAGUUACUAAUCUUUAUAUUGCUACACCAGACACAGUGCCUGGUACAUAGUAGUUAAAAAAUAAAUGGGUGUUGCGUGAGUGAAUGGAAGGUGUGGCCCUCAGAAGUAAGUGACUUGCCCAUAGCCACGAACUGGAGCUGGACUUACAUUUUCUGGAGCCGGACGGGCCGUCAUGGAGGAGAAGCUGCCACACUCGCACUGUGAGAAUUGUGUCAGUAGACGCUGUAUGACCAGACCGGAGCCUGGGAUUUCCUGUGACUUGAUUGGUUGUCCGUUGGUGUGUGGAGCAGUUUUCCAUUCUUGUAAAGCUGAUGAGCAUCGACUUUUAUGUCCAUUUGAACGUGUGCCUUGCUUAAAUAGUGACUUUGGCUGUCCAUUUACAAUGGCUCGAAAUAAAGUUGCUGAACAUCUAGAAAUGUGUCCAGCAAGUGUGGUGUGCUGUACUAUGGAGUGGAACCGAUGGCCAGUUAGUUAUGCAGAUCGGAAAUCAUAUGAAAAUCUAAGCAGAGAUGUUGAUGAAGUGGCACAAUUAGAUAUGGCCUUGGCCCUUCAAGACCAAAGGAUGCUCUUGGAAUCGCUCAAAGUAGCCACCAUGAUGUCAAAAGCGACUGAUAAAGUAUCAGAACCUAGAGAACAGAUCUCCGUUAAAUCAAGUGUCCCAGAAAUACCACAUGCUAAUGGUUUGGUGUCUGUUGAUGAAGAAUCUUAUGGUGCACUUUAUCAAGCUACGGUAGAAACAACCAGAAGUUUGGCUGCUGCUUUAGAUAUCCUGAGUACGGCCGCAAGAGACAGUGGCAUGUUGAGUACAAGUCUUCACGCUUCCCCAGAUGAAAUGAAUGAAGAGCAAGACACCAGAGGAAGCUUGCAGAAUAGACCCUUGAAAGACCAGGACCAUUUUUAUGAGGAUGAGAUAGGAGCAGUAGGUGGAAUUGACCAUAAUGACACAAGUCUGAAUGUCCAGUCUGAACAAAAUGGUUCAAGUGAUUUAUUGUGUGACUCGAACACCAGUUCUUACGGCACUUCUGCUCUUUGUAAUGGCUUUUCUUUGGAAAAUAUAGGUACACAGGCCAUAGACCCAAAUCAGAAAUUACAUGGUGAUUCAAAACAAAGGAACUUAACAAAUGGAGAAUGUAUAGCAUCAGAUGGCACUUCACAACCUUCCGGUUCACUUUCAGUAGCAGCACAACUUAGGGAAGUAAUACCAUCUGGUGCUUUGCCUAAUGGCACAGUUCAGCAUAUCCUUAUGCCAGAUGAUGAGGAUGAAGGAGCAUUGUGUUGGAGAAAAGUAGACUUAGGGGACUUGAGGAAUGUGGAUGUCUUAUCUUUCAGUCAUCCUCCUUCAUUCAAAUUUCUUUCUAACUCAUGUUGGUCUAAACCAAAAGAAGAUAAAGCAGUAGAUACAUCAGAUUUGGAAGUUGCAGAAGAUCCAAUGGGCCUCCAAGGAAUAGAUCUAAUCACAGCAGCAUUGCUAUUUUGUCUAGGAGAUUCUCCAGGUGGGAGGGGUAUAUCUGAUAGUCGCAUGGUUGAUGUUUAUCACAUUGACUUUGGGACUCAGACUUUUUCACUUCCAUCUGCAAUAUUAGCUACCAAUACAAUGGUUGGGGAAAUAGCUUCAGCUUCAGCUUGUGAUCAUGCCAACCCACAGCUUUCAAAUCCAAGUCCUUUUCAGACACUUGGGCUGGAUUUAGUAUUGGAAUGUGUUGCUAGGUACCAACCCAAGCAGCGUUCAAUGUUUACAUUUGUUUGUGGGCAGUUAUUUAGAAGAAAAGAAUUUUCUUCACAUUUUAAGAAUGUGCAUGGUGACAUUCAUGCUGGACUCAAUGGCUGGAUGGAACAGAGGUGUCCUUUAGCAUAUUAUGGUUGUACCUAUUCUCAGCGUAGAUUUUGUCCAUCAACACAAGGAGCAAAGAUUAUACAUGACCGCCAUUUGAGGUCCUUUGGAGUUCAGCCAUGUGUCUCUACAGUAUUAGUAGAGCCUGCUAGAAACUGUGUGUUGGGACUGCAUAGUGACCAUCUAAGUAGUCUUCCUUUUGAGGUCCUGCAACAUAUUGCAGGCUUUCUUGAUGGCUUCAGUUUAUGCCAGCUCUCAUGUGUAUCCCGGUUAAUGAGGGAUGUGUGUGGCAGCCUGCUUCAGUCUCGUGGAAUGGUCAUACUGCAGUGGGGAAAAAGGAAGUAUCCAGAAGGAAAUUCGUCAUGGCAAAUAAAAGAAAAGGUGUGGCGAUUCAGUACUGCAUUUUGUUCUGUUAAUGAAUGGAAAUUUGCUGACAUCCUAAGCAUGGCUGACCACUUGAAGAAAUGCAGUUACAAUAUUGUAGAGAAACGGGAGGAAGCAAUCCCGUUACCAUGUAUGUGCGUGACACGAGAACUCACUAAAGAGGGACGUUCACUUCGCUCAGUUUUAAAACCUGUACUUUAAAAACUGUCACUCCACUUGCGCAUACAUGCAGACACCUAGUAUAAUUUCUUUGUAAUAUGUGAUACUUUAUUAAUGUAUUAAAGAUUACAACUAGCUAAAUUUAUUGCCACUAUGUAUAUAAUGUUUUGAAGUGACAUAUAUUUUUAUAAAGUACUGUUUAGUUGGAAAAAAGUUGCCUUAAUGUUUGAAAUGUGUGAAAUUUUUGGAACUUGCUGGACAGGGUGAUUUAAUUUUUAGCUGCAUAAUUUUCAGAAUUAGUAUUUUUAAUGGUGUGCAUAUUUUUUGGUUUUUACAUUUUUUGUUUCUUAGUUUAACAAGAUCCUGACCAAACAGUUUGUCCCUCCUGUUUUCUGUGGGUUAUAGCCCAUGCAUUCAGAAAGCAAAACUUUGAUUCAAAUUUUUGCAGCAUAGGUUUUUCAGAUAAAGACAUUCAAUUGCUUAAGGACUGCCAUAAGAUCAUUAUAAGAUUUUUAUUUUCUAGUGCUCCCCUUACACGAUCGUGGAUACACAGAUGAUCUUUACUGUAUAUUUACAUAAUAUUUAAAAUCAUGACUAGUGUUUGGUAAUGCAUUUAUCAUGUUUUAAAAAUACCCACAAAAGUGUUUUCACCUUAUGUAUUUGCAACUCUCAUACAGAGAGUGACCAUGUGCAACUUCCUUUUUUCUUAGACACCACAUCCAAAGACUCACGGCAACGUGUUUUAUGACAGGUUAAAAUGAAAACCAACAAAAAGCUUGUGAAUUUAUUUUAAUUUGAUACUGUUCAUGGUAUGAUAUAUUUGCUAGGCUUUUGAUAUUUGGAAAGAAGAAAAUAUACCUCAUUUAAAGUUCAGAUUGGGCAUAUUGUGUGAAUAAAUUUCAAAUAUUCGGAAUGCAGAGGGCUUAACUUUCUUUCUUAAGCCUUUAGAAUUUUUGCCUUUGUAUGUUUAUAAAAAUCACAACUAUAUUGUUUUAAGAUACUUAACAAUGUGAAAUUUGGUAUCUUUGUAAGAUGACAAUCAUGAAAUGGAGAAGCCUGUCUUGGUUGACAAUCUCCUUAAAACAUUUCCAGGUUUAUUUCCCAUAGACUUCUCUACCAAAAUAGUAAGAAUUGUAUCUUUGUGUAAAGAUCAAGGUAUAAGAGAAAAAUAUGCAAAGUCCUAUUCUUGAAGUAUUUAGUUGUAGUUUUCAAAUUGAUUUACACUAUUAUUAACGUGAUGUGGUCAAUUAAAAAAAUGAAUAUAUCAGUAUUUAGAAAUAAGUUGCAAAGAUGGGGAAUACUUAAAUAAUUUGUUUUAAGUAACUUCUGGUAUUUGGUAGUCUGAAGUGGUGACAAGUUAUUUUGCUAUAAAAUAUCAAACUUCUAUUGUGUCUUCUCUUCCUACAUUGGUCCCUGAGAGUGCUCUGUUGUUUCUAGGGUAACAAUACUAUGGCAGUUGGACUGGGCAGAGAUGUUCCUUGGGCAUUAGAAAAGAACUCUGAACUGCUUCCGGCUUCUUUUGGUUGGAUCAGGCCCUUAUUACAGUUGAAAAUACAGCAUUAAAGACUAAUCAAUUGUUUUGCCUCACCUGUCAUUUCAGUUCGUAGAAUAGUUAUUUCUCAGUGCUUAAACUUUCAACUGUGAGGUUGAAUUAUAUAAAUAGUCUGUUUCUGAAAAAGUUAGAAAUAAGAUUGAAUACUGUAAAAUAUAACUGCCUUUUAAAGUUUUGCUGAAGAAUGUGUCUGGUUAGGAUAGCACAAACAUUAACUUUUUGUUUUAUGGUUGUGCUUGUUUGGUUUUUAAGUUUAGACUUGUUUUUACACUGGAUCAGAUAUUUAACAGUUUUCCACCUUAUAUUUCUUUUACAUAUCUUUGGCUGUUUUUUGUUUGUUAUGCCACCAUACAAUUUUGUUAAAAUGUUUUCUUUGUGCAACAUUUGUUCAAAUUCUAAUAAAAUUAAUAUUUUCCCUUUAUGUGGCUCAGUAACUUAAAAGGAAAAACUUUCAUUUAAAUAAAAUUUUAAUACUUGACAAAUUCCAAACACAGUGUUUCUAAGUGUAGAUUUUCUGCAUGUCGUAGUUGUUUGUUGAUUAUCAUUGUUCACCCAUGUUUUACUGGUGAGCGUUCAUUUUUUUUUUUUUUUUUUUUUAAUAUGGAAAACUCAUUAGCUAACUUCUGUGCCCCUUCAGUGUCUUCCUGAAAGUAGUCCCAUCUAGGGGUAUUGUAAGGCUGAAGAGUUCCUGGCAUUAUUGUUUUAGUAAAACUUGUCAUGGGAACAAUCUGUCUAGCCUUUUAAGCGUGAAAAGGUUUGUAUGUCAGUUAAUUGUCAUUUGAGAAGUCUUUGUUGAUUUCUUAGUUUUUUGUUUUUUGUUUGUUUUGUUUUAAAGAUUUUAUUUAUUUAUUUGACAGAGACACAGCGAGAGAGGGAACACAAGCAGGGGGAAUGGGAGAGGGAGAAGCAGGCUUCCCGCGGAGCAGGGAGCCCGAUGCGGAGCUCCAUCCCAGGACCCUGGGAUCAUGACCUGAGCCGAAGGCGGACGCUUAACGACUGAGCCACCCAGGCGCCCCUGUUUUUUUUUUUUAAGGUUUUGUUUAUUCAUUUGGGAGAAAGAGAGCAGAGAGUGAGAGGGAGAAGCAAGACUCCCAGCCGAGCAGAGAGCCUGAUGCAGUGCUUGAUCCCAAGACCCUGACUCAACCAACUGAGCCACCCAGGUGCCCCAUGAUUUCUUAGUUUUUUCUAACCAGCAAGAUAAAGGGAAAGUAUCAGGUUGGAAGAAAAUAUCUGUAUUCACUUUUAUCUCCUGCCUCCUUUGCCAGAACUGCAUGUCUUUUUCUCAUUCUCUCUUGAGAGUGUACUCUUGCCCGCUUGCUCGCUCCCUCUCUUUUCAUUAAUAACUACAGUGUCACCUUUUAUAUAAUUAUCUCCCUCUCUCUUUCUCCCUCUCUCUCUCUCUCUCUGCAGUUGCCUUUUGAGACUCACAGAUCACUUACAGUAGAGGUUCCUAAAAUGUGGUCCCUGAGCCAGUAACAUCAGCAUCACCCGGAAAUUUGUUAGAAAUGCAGAUUCUUGGGUCUCUCUGUAGACUUAACCAGGAACUCUGGGGUGGAAACCCAGCAGUCUGCUUUAACAAAGGCCUUCAGGGGAUUCCGAGGCACAGUAAAGUAUGAGAACUUAGAGAAGAGCCUGUCUCUGAAUGAUGUGGUAUUGGAGUGGGUAUGUGUGUGUAUAUACACACAUGUAUAAUCCAAAAUUAAGAGUAAUGGUGAUUUGUUGUUAAUGGUUAAGUUGAUUGAUGUAUGUUGUCUCAGUCUUAUAGCUAUAUGACAAAAUAUAUUGGGUACCAUGGUGGUUGGACAUUUUUUUAAAAACUAGUAUUUACUAGUAUUUAAAAUUUACUGUUAUUACUGGUAUUUCACUUGUAUUUCUUCUGUUCAAAGUAAAUUGCAGUGCAACUUACAGUUCAUUAGCAUUAACCUUUAGACUAACCAUCAUUCAUUCUCUUGUUCGGUGGUUGUGGAAUCAGGUGAACAUACUAGAUUUCUAGGAUAAAAAGAGUAGAAGUAGGGGCGCCUGGGUGGCUCAAUCGUUAAGCGUCUGCCUUCAGCUCAGGUCAUGAUCCCAGGGUCCUGGGAUCGAGCCCUGCAUCGGGCUCCCUGCUCCGCGGGAAGCCUGCUUCUCCCUCUCCCACUCCCCCUGCUUGUGUUCCCUCUCUCGCUGUGUCUUCUCUCUGUCAAAUAAAUAAAUAAAAUCUUAAAAAAAAAAAAGUAGAAGUAGACAAAUACUGGGUUAAAUCCUACAAAAAUAUUUGUAGGAAUCCUUUCAACCCUAUCAUUAGGAGAUAUUAAAGGUUGAGUUUCUGGUUUAUCAGAAGUAUAGAAUCUUUUUUGGUCUUUGACCCUGUGCUACAUAUCCCAUCAGUGUAGUUGUUAUUAUUAACUAUCCCCUGACAAUGGAUAUUGGGAUCUUAGCAACUUUGAAGAUAAUGAGGUUUUCAACAAAAAUUUCCAUAUCCCUUGAAAAUAUGGUAGCUUAUAUUACUAUAUUGAUAACAUAUUGUUAACCUCUAGCAAUCUAAAUGUAAGUUUUGGCAUUUAGAAGCAAAAUAUAUUUCAUAUGUUGCAUCCCAACCUAAAAAGACAUAGGAUUUAUUAAUUUUAAAAAUUUUCUAAGGAAUAGUUAUGCAAACAUUAAAAAAUGUGUUUAAUGCAUGACAUACCAUAUUAGAAGGUGAUGUGAUUGGGACCUCUAGAGGUGGAUGUUCAGAAUUGCAGUAGAAGAAAGCAAUUGACCUUCAUUCUCAGUAGACUGGGCAAAGUCUUUUAUGGAAAGAAUUUCACUGAUAGGUGUUUGGUUGUCUACUGCUCUCAGUAGUUUUACUUAACAUGCUCAUGAGGCCUAAAAGGUAAGAGAAUAUUAGUUAUCCCUUUAAAGAAAAUUAACUCAACAAUGACUUACCCAUUGUAUUUAAUGUAAUUCAGUGAUGGGUUUAGUUAGGAUUUGAUCUAAAUCUGAAUUCCAAAUAAAGUUUUGAGGUGUGUAAGUAAAGACCAACUUUAGUAAACUUCUUUCUAAAUAAAAUGAAGAGGACGGAUGGUUUCUUUCUAAUGUUACCUUUAUGUAAUUAUUUUCUUUGAUUUAAAAGAGCAAAGUAAGUUCAAAAGAUAAAUCCUUUCAAGUUUCUAUUUUAAUGAUGAAAAAACAGAGGUACUCAACAUUGAGGUACUGAUGACUGGGGUAUUUCAGAGAAAUGUAUCCUGACAUGGUUCACUUUUCUACUUUACUAAUGCAGAAAGAGAAGGGACAGGGUGCCUGGGUGGCUCAGUUGGUUAAGCGACUGCCUUCGGCUCAGGUCAUGAUCCGGGAGUCCCUGGAUCGAGUCCCGCAUCAGCAUCCCUGCUUGGCAGGGAGUCUGCUUCGCCCUCUGACCCUUCCCCUCUGAUGUGCUCUCUCUCUCAAAUAAUAAAUAAAAUCUUUAAUUAAAAAAAAAAAGGAAGGGACAGUUAGAUAUAAGGAAAUUACUUUGGAAAAUAUUGUUGCCUACAAUACUUGAUUCCCAAUAUGUGUUUUGGAAAGAAAUAUUGGGUAAUACCAAGAGGGAAAAAAGUAGAAAUAAAUGAAGUACGGGUGUUGGUCUGAAAGUCCUUUGCAAAAACUAGGUCUUUUGCUGAGUUUUUACAAGUAUUCUUUUGUAUCUGUGAUUGAUAAAGUUCUAUAAAUUUAUUGUUUAUACAUAUAUUUAUUUGCAUGAUUAAUCUCCAUAAAUUGGCCAAGUAGAUUUUAAUACAUCUUGGGAUAUAUUAAUGGAGAUACAUCUUGAGGUGCUUUUUUUUUUUUUUUUUACCUUAGAACAUUACAAAACUGACAUUUUGUAUUCAGAAUGCUUGACAUUGAAAUGUGUUAUUUGGGGAGUGACUUUUCAUUAAUUUAAUAACUACGAAGAAAUGGGUUAUCAAGAUGCUUCAUGAAUGUGCUCUAUAGAAAUACAGUAAAAAGUCAUUGAUAUGAAUCUCCUGUUUUAUUUUUUUUUCUUUUUGACAUGCUGGUCUGAGUAUUGUUUACUAUGAAGAAAAACAUUUCUGAAGCAAACUGACAACAUAAGUAUGUUUCUUUUCACUAACAUCAAAGUUUUUAAGCAUCCCCCAAAUCAUUUUAUUAAUCUAUUUGCAUGCAAGUAUUGUGAUAGGAAAUGGUUCUACAAUACAUAGCUAGUUCUAGCAGUGGUAAAUAUUGUGUGUUUGAAAGUAAUAAAACUGCAUUUCUGUUGAAUUCUUAAGACUGACCAACUCAUCAAGUCAAAUUAUCCUUUCCCAGGACAGGCAAAUUCAUCAGGUUUAAUUUUUAUGUUUUUCUAAUAUAAAUUGCUAGAAUUAUUUUUUUUCUCAGACAAGAUCCUUAGAUAAAUAGGUCGAUGUAUGUGUUGGCUCAUUCUUUGGCAAAAGAACUGACUGGAGUUAGAGAGCUUUCCAUACCCCUUUCAGUCAAAGAGUAACAUUACUUGUUGUAUUAUCAUUGAUUGAUCUAAUAUAAAAGCAGUAGCAAUAAUGUGUUACUGCUCAAAAGAUUGAAGUUGGAGAUAUGAGAUCCUGCCCUUUGCUGUCCUGGAAUUUUCUUUUCAUUGAAAUCCUCUUUUCAAUGUUAAUUGUCAUUACUGCUUUGUUAGGCUAUGACUUCAAUUUUCUGACUUGGUGAUCAAAACAACCUAGAUAAAGUACAUAGAGUUUUUAAAAACUUGUUCUAAUCAGCAUAUGUUUAGUAGUUUUGGUCAGUAAGUUUAGAUUUGAUUAAAUAACAUAUUCAGCUUCUUUUAAAGUCUCAGCUCACAAAUUUGUAGAUUAAAAAAUUGAAGUAUCAGCAUUCAGGUUUAACUACAUUAUUUGAUUAAAAGAAAUCAAACCAUUGAAAUGGAAAUGAUCAUACGUAUAACAUCUGUUCCAGAGUAGAAUUGCCCAGUGAAUAAUUAUGUCCAGUGGGUGUCUUUUAUAUCAAUUGGUAACUUUAAAAACUAUGACUUAUAUUAGAGAUUUGAAAUAGAGAAUGGUAUUGAUUCCCUGCAACAUUCCAAUAGCUUUGUGAUAAAAACGCUGACUUAAGAAAUAAAUUGCUUUGAAUGGUUAAUAAUUCAGUGGAAAUGAAUUCUUAAGAUUUUUGUGCUGCAUAUAAAAUGUUAAAGUUGUAUCGUUCAUUUUGAUCAGUGUUUAAGCACCAAUCAGUCCUAAAAACUUGAAUGCAUUCUGAAAGGUAAUUGCACUGACUCAUUCACUUACCUCAGAUGUCAUUUAGAUUCCAAUAUAUCUUUUUUCCAUGAUUUACAUUAAUAGUUAGUUUUUCCUUAGAUGCUAAGGGAUAUGGUAUUUCUUGAAAAAUAUGCUAAGUGAAAGAAGCUAGAUACAAAAGCCCACAAAUUGUGAUUCCAUUUGUGUGAAAUAUCCAGAAUAGGUAAAUCCGUUGAGACAGGAAUCAGAUUAAUGGUUGCUAGGGGCUGGCAGGGAGGAGUGGGGAUAGUGGGAAGUGACUGCUUAAUGAGUAUUGGUUUUGUUUUAGUGAUGAAAAUAUUCUAGAACAAGAUAGUGUUGAUUAUACAACAUUGUGAAUGUACUAAAUGUCACUGAAUUGUACACUUUAAAAUGGUAAGUUUUAUGUUCUAUGUAUUUAACCACAGUUAUAAAGUGGGAGUAAUUUGCAGUUAUUACCAAAGCCAAAAAGUACCUUGUUCUCAAAGUUUGUGAAAUGCUCAAAUUAACGGUUUAGAAUGAAUUUACAGCAUUAGUAAUGUGACAGAUUUAUUCAGGUUAGGGUCCUAAUGAAAUUCAUGAAUCCCAUCACAGAAGUACUGCUAACAGCAGCAGAAAUAAAGUUGUAAUUCAUCACUAUUUCUUUAUUUUAAUACAAUUUGGACAGUGAGCAAUUGGCUUCCUUGUCAAUGUUCAUAUUUCAUCUUUUACCUUUUCUUAUGAUUCCUUGGGGGAACAUCUUAAUCACAUUUUUUAAAGGUCUGUUUUUAAAAUCGUGCUUUGAAAAAACAAUUUGUAUAAUUUUCAGGAUCAUUUUUUAUAGUUUUAUACUUCGUGUUCCUUUUAAAGAGCAAAUACAGUGAUGUAUUACGUAAGACCAAAUUAAUAAAUUGAACCAUUAUAUACA